CGCCAUUACAACGCAACACCACAACGGCACAACCCCACUAUUUCUUCUUCUUCUCUCCAUUUAAGCCUUUCACCAACUCCACCUCUUCCACUAUCGACUCUUGAUUCAUUUUUGGAGAUACCCAGUUGGAGUACUCUUAUGGCUGACCGAGAUCUGGAGCGAGGCGGUGGAACCAAGAACAGAGCAGACAACCACAGCUACCCUGCUUCGUCCUAUGUUUAUGACCCAGAAACCCAUUGGACAUCAUGGCUUGUUCCUAUGUUUGUUGUAGCCAAUAUUGCCGUUUUCAUUGUUACCAUGUAUGUCAAUAAUUGCCCCAAACAUCGAGUUUUUGAUGAUCAGCCCAAGUGUAUCGCUAGGUUUCUUGGCAAGUUAUCGUUCCAGCCUUUGCAGGAGAAUCCCUUGUUUGGCCCUUCUUCUAAUACGUUAACGAAAAUGGGAGCUCUUCAAUGGGACAAAGUUGUGAAUCAUCAUCAGGGAUGGAGACUUUUCACUUGCAUUUGGUUGCAUGCUGGAGUUAUUCAUUUGGUUGCAAACAUGUUAAGCCUUGUCUUCAUCGGCAUUCGCCUGGAACAACAAUUUGGGUUCUUGAGGAUUGGAGUCAUUUACCUGAUAUCUGGAUUCGGCGGAAGUGUAUUGUCUUCUUUAUUUAUAAGAAACAACAUCUCUGUUGGUGCCUCCGGUGCUCUUUUUGGACUUCUUGGAGCGAUGCUUUCUGAACUUCUUACCAACUGGACUAUUUAUACCAAUAAGGCAGCAGCUUUGCUCACUCUUCUGGUUAUUGUUGUCAUCAACCUUGCCAUCGGCAUUUUGCCACAUGUUGACAACUUUGCUCAUAUCGGCGGAUUCCUGACGGGGUUCCUCCUUGGUUUUAUCUUGCUGGCACGUCCACAAUUCGGGUGGUUAGAGCAGCGGAAUCUUCCCUCCAAUGUCAGAAUCAAGUCAAAAUACAAGGCUUACCAAUAUGUUCUUUGGAUUAUCUCUCUUUUUCUGCUUAUUGCUGGAUUCGUUAUUGCAUUGGUGAUGCUAUACAGGAAGGAGAAUGGGUAUGAUCACUGCCAUUGGUGUCGUUACUUGAGCUGUGUUCCAACUUCUAAAUGGAAAUGUGAUGUUAGUUAGACAAAUUAAAGAGAAGGCUUUCUUGUAGUGUUGUUCAUGAGGGAUUCUUCCUUUUGCCUCUAUGUAAAGUUGUAGCUUUUAGAAAAGCGGGUUGGUUUGAUCUUCGUUUCUUUAUUAUCAAUUAUUUGUUUGUCUGUCUUUCUGGAUUUAUCUUUAGGUUUUCAAUAUAUAAAUUUAUUUGUACAUGGAAUCCUCUCUGCCUUAUUUCUGUCUCUGAUGUUCGCUUGUUUGUCUCCACUGGGUGCUCACCAAAUUAUAUAAUUUUUCUAAGAAAUGUAUAAUUGUUCUUCAACAUUUUUUUAUCA